AUGAACUCGGGGGCUCCGAUGAACCGGGUGGGGAACGGGGCUGCAACCGCUGGUGCUGGUGGUCUUGGUGCGACGCUGUUCGACCCGAGUAGUGGGGGAGUGCACAUGGGCGCUGGCGGGUUAGACAUGGGACGUGCACCGGCGGGGCCCCCGGGUUCUUUGCCUCGGGCGUCGAUGUGUGGCGCGGGGAUGCCGCCUAUGUCCCCGGCCAAUGUGUCUGCACCCAGCAUCGCCCCUCACCCGGGUGCGGGCAUGAGCGAUAGCGGAUUAGACAUCGGACUUGCCCAGGGCCCCCCGGUUUCUUUGCGUCUGGCGACGACGUGCGGUGCGGAGAUGCCUAUUUCCCCGGCCAAUGUAUCUGCAUCGAGCAUCGCUUCUCACCCGGGUCCGCUCAUGGGCGUUGGCGGAGCAGACAUGAGAGGGGCGCCGGGGUCCUCGGGUGGUUUUCCUCGGGCGACGAUGUGUGGUGCGGGGAUGCCGCCUCUGUCCCCGGCCAAUGUGUCUGCACCCAGCAUCGCCCCUGGCCCGAGGAGGGCUCAGCCGCGUCCGGCCCUUGCAAUGCCACAGCUUCUUCCGGUACCUCAGACCACAGUUAGUAGCGGAGGGGUGGGGGGGAAGAGAGCAGCCGCGGAAACACUAGCACAUGUGGACCUCAUUCCAACCACUGAUCAUGACAGCGACAAUCAGCGACGGACUGACGGCCCCGGCACAUCCGCCAGCACAUCGACGGGGGGGAGGCGAAAGGGGCAGCUGGCUCAACAAGCCAGCACCUGCCACGGGUGUAGGAUCAAUAAACCCACGGGCAACGUUAGGCAUGCUUGCCAGGGUGGGGACGAGGGUGGUGAGGCGCGGGGAUGCAACUAUUGGGUGUGCCAGAAGUGUAUGGGAAGAUGGAUGCAAGCGUCUGGACAGCCGAGAGGAUUCUGGUGCUGCCUACAUUCGGGUAGGGAGUGGUGCCCGUGCGCCGAGAGGGUUUCCACGAAGAGGAGCAAGACAGUUUCGGUGGUGGAUCGAUCCAGGCUAGCGCAGAAUCGUCAGGAGAGCACAGAUGUGUACGAGUUCCCGACAACAACCUCAUCUCCCACGGCCGCAACGACAGCUGCUUCUCCCACACCACCCUCUGGACCGGGCACGACUUACUCGGUGUGCACAUCGAACAGCCAAAACCGCGUGGCCGUGAUCAAGGCUGGUGACCGGUUCUUGUGCUCACGGCCCGAUUGCAGACGAAUCGAGGGUCUCAGCUCCGCAGCGACUGGUGACACGGCCUCUGCGCUGCCAUCUCGCUGCGCUCACGCAGAGGUCGUCAUCGAGGCAGAGAGAACAUCCAUGCCGAUGCCCAAAGCAGAUGCUCUUCUCUCGGCGGGUGAUUUUAAGAGCGCGUUGGAUAAAGUUCCGGCGGGAACUUUCAACCCACGCACCGUGGCAUCCAUGCGCGCACGCGCUGACCAGGCGGCGAAAGAAGGCCUGCCGUUGCUUGUCCGCGUCGGGAACACGAAGUACUUUGCGGUGAGGGACGGCCAGAAGUUCAACCGCACCGUGAUUGGAGAGUGGGGGCACGUGAAGUACGACCAGCGCGGGAGCAAAGUAUUCCAGUGCAAGGCGAGCAACGGCAGCCCGUGCAGCGACAGUUCGUCGAGGAAAAGUACCGGCCGUUGUGUUCACGCCGCCAUCGUUGCGGUGUACAUUUACGACCGGUACAAGUCCGGCGUUGCGGGGGAAGAGCUGGAGCUGGAGCGUGAUGGCGACAUGGAAUCCUUGAAACAAACUGGUGGACUUGAGGAGGACGGACUGUAAAGCUGUAGAAUAUACUGCACUGCGUUUGCUCCUUGCUGCUGCUCUUCUUGGCUGACCCAGGACUUCGAAAAAAUCCCCACAGGUAGUUUUCUCUGACCCUAUGAUUCCAUUGUUAAUCUGUCUCUGACUCUUUUCUAUGAUAGAGAUGGCACAUCAGCCGCACAUACUCCGCACAUAUGCAUACCAAACUGAGAAUAUGUUUGUAAACUGAUGGAGAUUGCAUGUGUUAGAACUAAUAGGGUGCGACACACAAAACGCCCGACUACCCAACAGUACCCAACACCUUUCGUCUGCACCUUCCCAACAUAACAUAUAUGAGACACACAAGACAGCUACCAAACUGAUUUGUUGAGCCUGUUACCCACACAGGGGAGAUGUCCCUAUAUGCU